AUGUGGUGGGAGUUUGGUGCCGUGCGGUCGUCUGCCGCCGCGCGGUCCAGUGUGCGUGCAUAUGCGACGCGUGCAGGAUCAUCGGGCACAGAAAUGCCAGUUAGAAAAGGGGGACGUGAUCGGUCGGCACGCUCAUCUUUGUCAAGUGCACCUCUGCCGCCAUAUCGACAAUGGCUGAAGAGUGGUGCAAAAGCUUUCCGGUAUCCGAGCCCGCGGCGCGGUCCCCACUGGAUAGGAGAUACGCCGUUUCCUUUGAAUCCAGCCUUUGCGCCUUUGCCACCUGUCCACCAGAGUGUGCGUGAUGACAUGUGGCGCCUUCACACACAGUCACCAACACAAUGGACCGUACGCUCGUUAUCAUCAAAGUUCCGAGUGAACAUGGAACGCACAGAAGCGAUUCUACGGCUCAAAGCGCUUGAAGAUGUAUAUGAAAAAGAGGGCAAGCCGCUGCAAACAGAGUUGCAGCGCCAUAUGGAGCGUCUGCUCGGCUCGCGCCCAACGUCUCUGAACGAGUCCGAGCCUGUUGCUACUAGCCGGCCACAUUCACCGCGUGGUGCACCUUAUGAAGAACUUUCUGAAGACGUGGAUCCUUCAACCUACGUGUCGCCACUGGCCACAGCAAUUCGCGAAUCUAACAUGAUGCACCGCGAGACAAUGAGACAUCUUCCCACUGGGUCUCCCACUGGUGCCGACACGUCACGUAUGAUAGAUGCAUUCCACACUGGCCGUGCGCCGCUGCGUGUCGUCAAAGUCGAUGCUGACUCUUACGCGGGUGUUGGCACUGUGGAACGGAACAGAAAACGCGCCGCACACCGUGCGAAGCAGCGAGAAAAACGUAGUGGAAAAACAUCGUAA